AAACGCCUACUUGGCCGUGUCUGGCUGGGUCUAGUCACAGGGCCCACACUCCGACGGCUGAUACCAUGUGUAUAACUCCGGGCCACAAUGGACGGAUGUUUAGUCACCCGCCGCACGGGCAUCAUCUCUCUCACGUGUACAGUUUACAACACACGUCCACUAAGGACAAGGAGACGAUAGAGACGAAGAUCACGGAGGAAGCAUCGAACACAUGUUGGAAACAUCCUAGUACUACACACAGGCAGCCAUGACAACACAGAGGCAUAUGUUAUGGACUUUACUAUCAGUGACUGUGUCGCUGAUGUGUGCUUACUCUGUUAACCGGGAGUGCCAGGAGAUGGCGCUGUGUACAGAUGAACUGAUAUCCAUGAAUGAGACUAUCACCUUUCAUAUGGGCACCAGCCAGAUGAUCAAUAUAUGCACCCAGCUUGAACAAAACUAUCCUCCAUGUUUUGAAAAGGCAAAAUCAGCCUGUUCACUGUCCAGGAUGGACACUUAUCCGUACCUGCUUCGGUAUUACUCUGUCAAGGAAUCCUGUAAUGAAGUCUGUCCUAUAUUCAAGCCCCUGAUAAACUGUGAAGAAAACCUAGCCUAUAUAGACUUAAGUACCAGCAAAAAAUCAUAUUGUAGGUCAUAUAUUGAAAGUAUGGAGUGCCUUGAUUCCAUUCUUAUUAACAUGACGUGUUCGUUUGGGGAACAAACGAAAGCCAACAUACUGGACACUGUUUACGAUCAGGACGCGCGACAGUUUGGUGACGGAGUCUGCAUGACAGCGAGAGAUUGUACCGACGUAGAUGACGCAGUGAGAGAAGUGAAUUACUGUUUACUGGAGUGGAACAAGACACGGGAUUAUUCAGAGAGUGGGACGGAUACAUUGAAAGCAUGUGUCUCAAAAAUAAGCACCUGUUCGGAUGCACUGAAAAUGGUUCCGUAUUAUGAAAACAGUCUGGUUGGAAUCGACGUAACAGCUGCCAUAUCAACUGAAACAGGUGAAACGACCACGGUAGCAACAACAGACAUAAUGACGUCAUCAGUGGGGUCACCAGCACCUUCCACAAUCGACACUUCCGUCAGAACAUUGAAUACAAUUCAUACGGGUGUUGUGGAUGUUACGACUGAAUUAUACAAACAACCACUCAACCCGACGGAUAUAACAGAAGACACCUCUGCCCUACCAACAACUGACCUGGUUACGAAACCUUUCAAAAGAUCGAGCUUCUCCACCAGAGGGCGUCUCGACUCGGUGGAUAUAACAGAAGACACCUCUGCCCUACCAACAACUGACCGGGUUACGAAACCUUUCAAAAGAUCGAGCUUCUCCACCAGAGGGCGUCUCGACUCGGUGGAUAUAACAGAAGACACCUCUGCCCUACCAACAACUGACCGGGUUACGAAACCUUUCAAAAGAUCGAGCGUCUCCACCAGAGGGCGUGGUCUUACUCUGUUUACAUCUCAAAAUCAAAACGUCGUCACAAGGAAAAUGUCGACUGGAACAAAACUCCAUGUUUCUACAACUGCAUUCAUCCCCGACGAUUCUACAACAUCUAAUCGCAAGUCUGUCACCCUCGUUCUUACUAAAUCGUCAGCUAGUAGUGACACCGACGGUGGUCUUACUGAAGAAACAGAAAUUCACAAAGUCACGCCACAAAAGGAAAUAUCAAGUGUUCUGUCACCAAGGCGACCAAUCAGUACAGAGGACGUAACAACACGGGAUGAAGUCUUCACCACUCCGCUCCUCGCGACAGACGCAGGUGUUUUAACCGAGACGACAACGUUACCACUAUCCACUGAACAUUUGUUUUCCCAAACCAAGACUGACCAGUCAAAUGUGUCUAUCAUGACUGGGUUAGCAGACAGACGGUCAACCCGGAAUAUAUUGCCACAUGCAGGGACAUGGCCGCAGGUGGAGGGGGAUGAGGACGGUGCCAUUAUAGGACCGGGGGAUGAGAACGGUGCCAUUAUAGGACCGUGGGAUGAGGACGGUGCCCUUGUAGGACCGGGGGAUGAGGACGGUGCCGUUAUAGGACCAGAAAUGACCAAAGAGACCACCACCUUUUCUGUAAAAAUGUCGUCAGCCAAAAUCCCCAGUGGAAGGGAGACAACUCGUACGCAAUACUCAUCGGGAGGAAAUCGUGUUGAAACACCAUUACCGACACGCCCAUCAUCCAAAAAAGAUCCAAUGACAGAAAUAUCGCCGACAGAGAUCGCCGAUCAAACCAAGACAUCGUCGCCACCUGAACAAGAGGAUAAAUCAACAGCACGGUCUACUCUAAACACGGCCGAACCCUUCAGUGUCGACACAAACGGUGGCGUUAUAAAACUCCGGGCCGGUGCGAGAUCAACGUGGAUUAUGAUGACUGUGUUAUUCUACUGCAUAACGUGAGCGUGUCUUGUGAACGUUCCGGGUGCGAGGAAUUUAAAGAAUGAACUUUUACUCUGUGUUAAAUGCUGAUUGGUUGAAUCAUGGAUGAACGGAUAUUUAUGAAUGAAUGGUUGUAAAAUAUGGUGAUACAUAGCAAUAUAUUUAUAUAAGUAUAUUACCAGGAAAAGUUGAUGUAUAAUUCUAUUACUGUGAUGUUUAUUACAUUGUAUAUAACUGAUGACGUCAGUCAUGUCACUGGAAAAAUAUGAUGGAUAACCGGAAGUGUUUAUCUCACUUCCGGUAAUGUUGAUUGUACUACUUUUGACAAUUAUUAUAUUACUAGUGAUUAAUUAACGCUUAUGUAAUUUUUUAUCUUUGGUUAUGUUAAUAAUUUUUAUGAUCCUAUUUUUAUAAAACAAAGUUUCCGAGUGUUUUUUAUACUGAAAGAUGAAAUAAGCGAACCAGGUGACGAGAAACACAUAGUUUAUCAGAGUUGGCUUGUGUGAACUAGCUGUGGCUACAUGUAGUGUAUCUAACCGGAAGUGAACUAGCUGUGGCUACAUGUAGUGUAUCUAACCGGAAAAGGACUAGUUGUGGCUACAUGUAGUGUAUCUAACCGGAAGUGAACUAGCUGUGGCUACAUGUAGUGUAUCUAACCGGAAGUGGACUAUCUGUGGCUACAUGUAGUGUAUCUAACCGGAAGUGGACUAGCUGUGGCUACAUGUAGUGUAUCUAACCUCAAGUGGAAUAGUUGUGGCUACGUGUAGUGUAUCUAACCGGAAGUGGACUAGCUGUGGCUACAUGUAGUGUUUCUAAACGGAUGUGGACUAGCUAUGGCUACAUGUAGUGUAUCUAACCUCAAGUGGAAUAGUUGUGGCUACAUGUAGUGUUUCUAACCGGAAGUGGACUAGCUGUGGCUACAUGUAGUGUAUCUAACCGGAUGUGGACUAGCUGUGGCUAAAUGUAGUGUAUCUAACCGGAAGUGGACUAGCUGUGGCUACAUGUAGUGUAUCUAACCGGAUGUGGACUAGCUGUGGCUAAAUGUAGUGUAUCUAAGCGAAAGUGGACUAGUUGUGUCUACAUGUGUUUUACUGAAAGUGCAGUAACUGCUACUACCAUACCAAGGAUCUGGAGGUUAAUGGCCUCAAUAGGGAUAUUUAUAAGAUGAUAACACCUCAGUCAGAGAUGACAUAUUUAGUCUGGAGUAUUUAUAUCGGGUGUUUUUGUCUAUAUUUUAAUGUAUCCCCAUCUGUUCGCAGUCCAGAAUAUCGAGUGAGAUGUGUUCUCAUCCAAUCAUGUCAUACAUGUUUUCACCUGUAACCUGGAUGAUCACGUGUCAUUACAAGUUCUAAAUAGCUAUACUAUCCUCCUCGGUACUCCAGGAGUCCUGUUCACUCCAUCUGUAGAGAGUAUAGAGUAUCGAUGAUGUGUUAUAUAACAGGAAUAAAGAGACAAUUAGGAACUAUAUAUAUUUAUUGAUGAAAUUAGGUAGGUCAUUUGCAUAAGUGUACCUAAAUCCCAAUAGGUCUUUUACAUUAAAUUCAUGAUUUUUGGAUGUUGCAACCUUAUAUAACACUUUGCCAAACGUUGGGAAUUUCCGACAAACGGGACGUAAAUAUACUGGUGUUAAUACUGUUGUGCUUAAUACUUCAUCACCAAAUCAAAUCCAGUCGAUAAGAAAUGUAUUUUGUCUUAAACAAAUGAGUAAAAUACUAUCAUAAGAUAAACCUAUCAAUGUUGUUGUAUAAAUAUUUCAUUCUUCCCCUGAUCAAGGAGCAUACCUUCCCUGACCUAGGGGGCAUACCUUCCCUCACCUAGGGGGCAUUCCUUCCCUAACCUAGGGAGCAUCAUUUCCCUGACCUAGGGGGCAUACCUUCCCUCACCUAGGGGGCAUUCCUUCCCUGACCUAGGGAGCAUAAUUUCCCUGGCCGAGGGGCAUACCUUCCCUGACCUAGGGGCAUAAUUUCCCUGGCCGAGGCACAUACCUUCCCUGAUUUAGGGGGCAUAAUUUCCCUGAUCAAGGAGCAUACCUUCCCUGACCUAGGGGGCAUAAUUUCCCUGGCCGAGGCACAUACCUUCCCUGAUUUAGGGGACAUAAUUUCCCUGACCUAGUGGGCAUACUUCCUAGACCUAGGGGGCGUACUUCCCUGGCCUAGGGGGCAUAAUUUCUUGACCGAGGGGGCAUACUUCCCUGACCGAGGGGGCAUACUUCCCUGACCUAGGGGGCAUACCUUUCCUGACCUAUGGUGCAUACUUUCCUUGCCUAGGGGGGCAUAAUUCCUUGACCGAGAGGGUAUACCUUCCCUGACAUAGGGGCAUUCUUCCCUUGCCUUGAGGGCAUACUUUCAUGACCGAGGGGGAACACUUCCCUGAUCUAGGGGGCAUACUUCCCUAACCGGGGGGACAUACCUGCCCUGACCGAGGGGGCAUACUUCCCUGACCUAGGGGACAUACUUUCCUGACCGAGGGGGCAUACUUCCCCGACCGAGGGGACAUACCUGCACUGACCGAGGGGGCAUACUUCCCCGACCGAGGGGACAUACCUGCCCUGACCGAGGGGGCAUACUUCCCUGACCGUGUCUGUAGAUCUUUACACAAGGUAGAAAAUGUCCCAACAAAUUUAACUGUGUUCUAGUGUGGCCUUAGUAUGGAAGUAUUUCUUCAGGAGAAUUCCAAACCUUAGUAUUAAUGACGUAUCAGUGCUCAAAUUUUAAACCUAGAAUUCCAUAUAAAUGUUUUUAUUUAUGAUGACGUGUGUGAUGUAGAUAUUUUGUUUUACCAUGCUAUCAACAUUAAUUGAUGAUUGGAAACUGUGUAUGUGUGUGUUGUAUCACGUGACAUGAUAUAAAGAAAUACAUAAAUGAA